AGGAGGGAUACCCAUUCAUGUUGUAGUUCCUCUAAUGGGAGAGCAUUUCUGCUAACUCAAGGAGUUUAAACCUACUAUAAAGCAAUAGCAAUGGAAACUCAAGAGAAUUUUAAGGAGGAAGAGUUCAUCUGUCACACCAACAGAUUGGCAGCUACAGAACAAAAGAUGUUUUCUUCAGUGGAGACCUUUGAAAUCAGUGAGUCAAAGCCCAAGAAAAAAUGUGGAGGGAAUUGUAUCACUUCUGCAAUAAUCAUCUACCUAGUGCUGUUUACAGCAGGUGUGGGAUUUCUGGCAAUACAAGUUUUGAGUCUACAGAAGGAAGUGACUUCCCAGAGAUCUUGGCUGCUAACACUCGAGAGGCUGGUCAUUCCCAACGGAACCCUGGAAUCCUCCCUGGACCAAUCAAGUCCAUCUUUCUCCUCUAUGCUGUCCAGCCAGUCACCUCUCAGCAUCAAGAAAGAGAGUCAGUGGUUUCUAGAAAUUGAAAAGGGGAUUACUGAGGUGCAGGCCAGUCAGAAAGAAUUACGGGGAAGGAUAGAUAACAUUACUAUGAACGCAGGGUUUCGAGGAAGCAAAGGUGAUCCAGGCUCUCCAGGACCCCAGGGAAAAAAGGGUGAUGCUGGAUUACCCGGAUUACCAGGUGUAAAAGGAGAAAAGGGAACUUCUGGAAGGGAUGGAAUUCCAGGACAACCUGGAACUAAAGGAUCACCAGGGAGCCAAGGAGCAGCAGGCAUCCAAGGACCAAGGGGAAUUCCAGGAGAACAAGGACCUGCUGGUAUUGCAGGACCUCGGGGUGAGAAAGGCAUCAAAGGGGAUAAUGGCCCAACAGGCCCUAGAGGUGAAGCUGGAGCUAAAGGAGAUAAAGGAGACCAGGGAUUCACAGGAAGUAAAGGGGAAAUGGGCCAGAAAGGAGACGUAGGUAUGAUAGGACCUCCAGGAUUACGUGGUUUACAGGGUGUCGCUGGGGAGCCAGGCAAAACUGGAAUGAAUGGGUCUCCUGGGCCAAAAGGAGAGCCAGGUCAGCCUGGAGCUAAGGGUGUCGCUGGAGUACCAGGUUUAGCAGGAAUUCCUGGUACCAAGGGAGAACCUGGCAAAAAUGGUCCUUCUGGACCACCAGGACCUCCAGGACCAUCUGGACUUAUGGGAGUACCAGGUGUAAAGGGAGACAAAGGAGAUUCAGGGCAUCAAGGACAAAAGGGAACAAAAGGAGAAGCAGGAGUUUCAGGUCCUCCAGGUCAGAAAGGAGCACAAGGAAGUAUGGGGAAUAAAGGUGAACCUGGCUUAAAAGGCACAAAAGGAGAAAAAGGACAGCAAGGUCAGACUGGACCACAAGGGAUCAAAGGAGGAGCAGAACAAAUCUCCUAUGUUAGAAUUGUUGGCGACAGGUAUAGAGGCCGUGCAGAAAUUUUCUAUGGUGGUAUUUGGGGCACUAUCUGUGAUGACUCCUGGGAUGACAAUGAUGCCACUGUCUUCUGUGCCAUGAUGGGCUACAGGUCAGGAAGAGUAUUCUCUGCAACAGCAGGUUCUGGACAAAUUUGGUUGGAUGACGUUGCAUGCACAGGGUCUGAAAAAAGCAUCUGGGCUUGCCCAAAAAGUUCCUGGGGCGUUCAUAACUGUAACCACAAUGAAGAUGCUGGGGUAUCAUGCAGCUGAUUCCUACAGAGAACAUCCCAUAUUGUCCCCAAAUUCCUUGAAGCUCAAACUGUAACCUGAUUAUCAAUCCUUAAUUAAGUGAUUAGUUUCAUUCACAAGAUGUCCUAUGUUGAAUACACAUGUGUAUCCAAGUGUGGAUGGUUUCACUCUGUAUCAUUUCUCUGUUCCCUCUGGCAAGAUCCUUAAGAAAAAGGAAAAAGAAAAGUUCACUGAUUGUGUUUUCUUUGAUUGGAGCCAAUACUGAAAAAUCAAAUGAAUUCCCUUCUCCUGGACCACAGAUGAUCAUAGAAAAUGAAUUGAUGCAAGUCCCUCAAACUGUCCCAACUGCCAGUUGCUUCCUUUUCUUUUGCAUGUGGAAAGCAGGGCAAGGUCUAUGGAUAGGCAGGUUAGAUGGCAGGCUGCGUGUCAUGAUAGGAAAGGUACUAUGAAGUUGUCUGUCUCAAAAUCGACUCCCCCACUUUUUGAUUGCCCAGAAAUUCUACCAUCAAAAUGGCCUGAUAGUCAAAGUUAAAUUGAUGUGAUUGUUUGAGGUAAAUCAAAGAUAAAUAUGGACAAAAUCUGAUAGGUCUAUCUGUCCUUGAAGAAAUAAAAGGCUUAAACAUUAGCCUUGAGACCUUAUUUUCCUUUAGGACAGGAACUUUUUUUACCAUGUUUGCAUCAUGGAGCCAUGGAGCCAAUCAGAAUAAUGUUUUCAAGUGAAAUAAAAAAUUAAUAAAAAUAAAGAUGAAUUUUUCCCAUCCAAGUUCUUGGAAUUUAUCCACAGAUAAAUGGGUCUGUGGCUACCAAGUCAAGAACUCUUGCUUUAAAGGAUAACUAGGCAUGAAAAAACAGGUUAUAAAGCAUGUCAGGACUUUUCUUUCUACCAGUCCUUUCCCCCCCAGAAAAAAAAAUGGGAAAAUAUCAAUUUACCAGAGAUGCUGUAUCCUUAAAACAC